CUUGUUCUUAAGCAAGCGUACAGUUUACUUCUAAUGCAGCAGAACAAUUGUAACUAUUUUUAAGAGACGGAUCAGAAUUCUAAAGAUAUAGAUUAAUGAAAAUACAGAAUUUUCUAGAGACGGUUUCUUAAAUAGACUGAAACAUGUUCGUUUGGUGUUUCUCCCUGGCGCUUGUGCUCCUCCCUGCUGCCGCCGUGGGUGAUUUAGAAGCACUUACUUUAGAAAUAUCGAACCUCGGGCGUAAAGUGGAUUCAUUUCAGUCGUUUGUGCUUCAGGAUAUUUCGAGCAUCAAAGACAAAAUUAACAAAAUGGAUUCCAAAAUAGACGCGAUUAUAAGACAAGACCAUAUUGAAGAAGACAAAGAUCAAGCACAACCUGGAAGCCAGACUCAUGAAGCCUCAUCUUUUAAUGACAAAAUCGACCCCAUGGGUUUACAGGAGCAGUUAGAUAGAAUUAAGAGAGGCUUUCGCGAGGAGAAAAAAUGGAUUCGACAUGACUUAGAUGAUCUGAAAGGCAUUUCACAGAAUCUUCUUGUUGGAAAAGACCAAAUUGCGGAAUACCUCCUAACGUUAGAGACAAACGUCAACACAUUUCUUAGUAAAAUCAUUGGUGAGUUGAAAGAUGGAGUUCUCGACAUAACCAAAAACGUACAACGCGAUUUGAACACGUCUAUUGAGCGCAGCGCCGUUAAUGUUGAUGAAAAAGUUCAAUCGUUUAAACAACUUGUUCAACGAACAGACACGAUCUGUAAGUCUAGCUCGGACACGAUUACCAAAACGCUGACAACAGUUCUAUCUGUAUCAGAGAACACCAUUGAAGGCUACCUGAAGAAGACCAGUCUGAACACUGUCAACCUUAUCAAUGCUGUGAAAGAAGACAUCAAUAUAAUCAAGGAAAACACUGCAAAAAUCAUGGCAAAGUCACAUGAUAUGACUCGGGCGCGCCUUGCGAACGAAAGUGAUUACAGAAACGGUGUGCAAGGACGUUUGGAAAUACUACAUGGCAGCGAGUGGGGAACAGUUUGUGAUGACGGAUUUGAUCUAGAAGACGCAAAGGUUGCUUGCUUAAUGAUCGAUUCAAAAUUCGUCUACUAUGGAUAUAUUUCAGAAGCGUAUUAUGGUCGCGGAACUGGAGCGAUUUGGCUCGAUGAAGUGGCAUGUACUGGUGAGGAGCGAUCUCUAUUUCACUGUGAAGGUGAUGGCAUUGGUGAACAUAACUGCAACCACGGCGAAGAUGUUGGUAUAAAGUGCUGGUACCGAUAGUUAAAGAGAUUCUAAAUAUGUUUAUACGUUCCCUGUUGGAGUAUUUAAGCAGUCAAAAUAAUUACAUGGGUUUUGAACAAUAUCCCAGACGAAGUGUAGUUUUAUAACAAUUUUCUAUUAUAUCUCAUCCAAAUUGGACACUGUAUUCAAGGAGAACAGGAGACAUACUUCAAGACACGAUAAUGACAUUAACAGCUAUUGUAUGUUCGGGAAGGUACAUACAAUGAUGAACAACAUGUAUGAUUAUAUCCAUAAUUUGUUUUCCAGAAGAAAGAUAUAAAUAAAAAUACUUACUUAAAUUAAUGAUGUGCUCCUUGUCAAAUGCUUUACAUUGAACAUGGCAACCCAACUCAAAUCAAUUGAGUGUGUAAUAGCCGAGGUUAAAUAUACAUGAACUUGAUAUUAAGCAUAAACUAGCAUAUGUACAAAGAUUUCAGUAGAGCAUUAGUUUGAAAAUAAAAUCAGACGAAAAACAGAAAAAACUCUUUGCAUGUGCCAGUGGCAUUCGAAGGGGAGUGUAUACGCUUACUGUUUAUUUCUAAGACAUAAAAAACUAUGUUUGUUAUAUAUGGAAUAUUAUUAUUUCUCAGUCACGAUUGGGACUGCUGAACAUAAAUAAUGAUACAUAAAAUAAUUAAUACUUAUAUUUAGGUCGAAGAUACCAAUAUGGCUUUAAAUAUGUUCAAUGUAUAGUAAAUGUCAUGAAUUUAACUUUGCAAAGCCUUUUUUAGGUCGGAAAUACAUGUAGUACGAUGAAAAUGCAAGAGAAAAAGUAAAAAAAACAAAUCGUGAUACAUUGUUUGUAUAAGAAGGCACCGGCUUCUUAAACUUAUAUAAAAUAAACAACAGAAACAAGCUAAUUAGCCAAACACAAAGGUUAUUAGUAUGUUGUACAGAGAUAAAGAAAACAUAGUUACUAGAUUAAACGUCAACCGGACUUAUAGUAUACCACCGAAGACACGUUGUGGUUACAACCUUUCGACUGUCGGCCCUUCUUUGUUUAUUUGAAUUUGACACUUCCGUUGCCUUGAUGAUGAUAUCUUGGCUAGUCUACAUCCGUUUACAACAAAAAAUGAACGCGUUUUUAAAGGACUCAUGUUAUAAGUCAAGUGCAGUUUAAAUACGGAUACAAUAGUGCCAUAGUAGUAUAUCUCAGUCACGUUUAGGACUGGUGAACAUAAAUAAGGAUACGUAAAAUAAAAAAAUAAUUAUAUUAAGGUCAAACAUACCAAUAUGGCUUUAAAUAUGUUCAAUGUAUAGUAAAUGUCAUGAAUUUACCUUUACAAAGCCCUUCUUGAGGUCAGAAAUAUAUGAUGUACGAUGAAAAUGCGAAAGAAACGUAAAAAUUCGUAAUAUGAUAUUUGUGAAAUCAACAUCAUAUUAUAAGUCAAGUGCAGUUUAAAUUGAAUACUUGGAAAGAUAACAAUCUUAGUUUCACAACAGGAAAAGGGAAAGUACCGCAUAAUUUUACCACUUAAGUGGCAACCAGUUAGGAGUAUUUCUACAUGUACAAGCUUUAACGGAAUGUCAUAUAAUUUAUUUAAGAUAUUCAGUCCACAACUGGUUUAAUAUAAUGUUUAGAAAAUGUUGUUUGAUUUUGAGAUAAUAAAUCACCGUUAUACAAAGAA